GUAUACUGCACUCGUGCCACAAGACUAUUUCCUCGUUUGGAUUGACUGGAAAAGGGCGUGCUCUACUCUCUCCUAGUGUUAUAGCUCAUCUGUUCCGAUUUCACAUUUUAGUUUUGGCUGGAAUACUGAUAUUCCAGCCGUACCUAUGACCAGUUCGAGUCUUCAACCUCACUGCCGACGUCUGCUGUUUAACCAUUCCUGCAUUAAUAUAUUGUGUUGAAAGCUCUAUCACUAAACAAAAAUGAAUCGAGGAGCUUUCUACGGUGUCAUUGCUUCGUUGUUGUGGCUCCGACUGCAUUUGCCUAUUUGGCUCAUCCUUUUGAUUUUACUGGCAAUCUACGCCGUUAUGGGUGGAUACAGUUUUCUAAGUGUAGUAGUUCGAACUAUCAAACGCGAUGUCACUGGUUUGACUCGAUAUCUUCAAGUGUUGUUGAGGGUACGCAGAUACCAGAAGAAAAAUUGGACUGUACCAAUGGUAUUUGAGAAUCAUGUGAAGAAUCAUCCCAACAAAGUUGCAUUUGUUUUUGAGGGUAGAGAGUGGACUUUCAAGGAGAUUGACGAAUACAGCAAUAAGAUGGCACAUGUGUUUGAGGAAGCUGGUUUCAAACCAGGUGACACUGUUGCUCUUUUGUUGGAUAACAGACCAGAAUAUGUUGGCAUCUGGCUUGGUCUUGCAAAAGCUGGUCUUGUCACUGCCUUAAUUAACCACAACCUUCGAGACAAGCCUCUGUUGCAUUGCAUUCAAAUCGUUGAAUGCAAAGCAGUAAUCUUUGGAGCUGAUUUCUGUGAUGCUUUUACUAGUGUUCGUGAUCAGUUGGAUUCCUCAAUCAAGCAGUAUGCUUUUGACUUCAAGAAAAACGUGCCAAUCCCCACAUCCAGCAUCAACCUCGACACGAAAAUGGAGGAGGCAUCCCCAGGUUGCCUUUCUGGACCUCAGCGGGCUAAUUACAAUGACAAAAUGCUCUACAUUUACACGUCUGGCACUACUGGACUUCCAAAAGCCGCUGUCAUUCGUCAUUCUCGUUACAUAUUUGCCUCAUUUGGGGGUUUUUAUGCUUGCGGUCUUAACAAGAAAGACACCAUCUACGUCCCAAUGCCCUUACACCACAUGUCAGGUGGAUGCAUGGGUGCCGGGAUGACUCUACUGUUUGGCUGCACUGCAGUUAUUCGAAAAAAGUUCAGUGUGUCGAACUUUUGGAGCGAUUGCACCAAACACGGAUGCACGGUUGCUCAAUAUAUCGGAGAAACAUGUCGCUAUCUUCUUGCCGCCCCACCACAUCCUCAAGACAAAAGUCACACUGUCCGUCUCAUGUUCGGAAAUGGAUUGCGCCCGCAAAUUUGGGAAGAAUUUGUUAACCGCUUUAGCAGUUCCACGAAAAAACUACAAAUUGCAGAAUUCUACGGAGCCACCGAAGGAAACGCAAACAUAAUUAAUUUCGAUGGCCGUGUCGGCGCUGUUGGGUUUGUAUCGAUGAUUGCCCCAGCGGUUUAUCCAGUUGCAUUGAUCAAGGUGAAUGAAGAAACGGGAGAGCCCAUUCGCGGUGAGGAUGGACUUUGCAUCCGCUGCAAACCUUUUGAGCCGGGCAUGUUUGUAGGCAUGAUUCUUAAGAAUCAUCCUAUUCGCGAUUUUCAUGGUUACGCCGAUCCAAAUGCCACGAAGAAAAAAGUUGCUGUCGAUGUUUUCAAACGUGGUGACGCAGCUUUCCUCUCUGGUGACAUCCUAGUGAUGGACGAACUUGGGUACCUAUUCUUCAAGGAUCGUACUGGUGAUACUUUCCGUUGGCGCGGAGAGAAUGUCAGCACGUCGGAAGUAGAGGCCGUCAUCAGCAAUGUAGCUGGGUUAAAGGACUGUUGCGUCUAUGGAGUCGAGGUUCCGGGUGCUGAAGGUCGUGCGGGCAUGGCAGCUAUAUUGGAUCCCGAGAGGAAUCUGGACUUGAAAGUUUUGGCUACCGGAAUGAGCAAAGUAUUGCCAUCCUAUGCCCGGCCGCUAUUUGUACGACUGGUCAAAGUAAUCGAUUUGACGGGCACGUAUAAGUUGAGAAAAGUCGACUACCAGAAAGAAGGAUUUGAUGUGGACAAGAUUAAGGAUGAGGUGUACUUCUUCGAUGCGGCUAGCCAAUCAUAUGUGCCCUUUACUAGUGCCCUUUACGAGCAGUUGAAGUCAGGGAAAAUAAGAGUUUAAAACAUUCGCACGUAUUAUUGACACUUUUUUUCCCCCUACAUAUCAUGUCAUUUUCAUGCAUCGUUGUCAAAAGGACUGUUUACAAACUAGAUACUCUGACUAUCAUGUCUAAUAAUUUUUUUUUAUAUUUUAUUUUGGUUUGGAUUCACCACCAUAACCGCCGUCAGGGACAUGGGGUAUUGCCCAAAUAAUCCACAUAGGGAUGGGGAGAAAAAAAGCAAAUUUGGUUAAAUGACAAGUUUGCUUGGGUUUGAAAUGUUUAAACUCGUGAGUCGCGGCAGUUAAAAUGGGACCAUAGAUUUAUCGAAGCCAAUUGUUGAGAAAUUUUGAUAUUGUAUAAAAGAUUACAUUUGAAACACCACAAAGUAAUACAAAACAUCGAAAUUUCA